AUGGAGGUGGACUCUCCCAACCCCAAUAAAGGAUCCCACACGAUCGUUUUCGAGAAUUUUCUCGAUAUCAAGGAACAGAAGAAGUACUCCGAGCCCUUCGAGAUUGCGGGCUUCGAAUGGCGCAUCCUGCUGUUCCCGAAGGGCAACUCAACGACCGGGGGCGACGCGGAGAAGUCUGUGUCGGUGUACCUGGACGCCCCGAAGCCCCAGGGCGUCGCAGUGCCACUGGAGGGCUGGGCACGCGCUGCGGACUUCACCCUCGUGCUCGUGCACCCGUCGGGCGACCCCUCGAAGGACCACUCCAAGAACACCAGCCACACCUUCGACGUCACACAGAACGACUGGGGGUUCAGCGGCUUCCACCCGCUGAAGAGCCUCGAGGAGGAUGGGUUCCUUCACCCCGACGGAAGCCUGCACGUCAGGGUGGUGCUCGAGGUCCUGCGCGGGCCGCAGCACCCCGGGUACGACCCCAAGCGGGAGACGGGCUUCGUGGGCCUCAAGAACCAAGGAGCCACGUGCUACAUGAACUCGCUGCUCCAGGUCCUGUUCCACAUCCCGUGGUUCCGCAAGACGUGCUACCAGCUCCCCGUCGGCGAGGACGAGCAGCCGGACUCGUCGCUCCCCGCGGCGAUGCAGCAGCUCUUCUUCCGGCUGCAGUACGGCUCCAAGCCCGUGUCGACGAAGCUGCUGACCAAGUCGUUCGGGUGGGACUCGUUCGACGCGUUCCAGCAGCACGACGUGCAGGAGCUGGCGCGCGUGCUCAUGGACCGCCUCGAGGCGAAGAUGAAGGGCACGGCGGUGGAGAAGGACCUCGACCGGAUGUUCCAGGGGCACACGGUGUCGUUCGUGCGGUGCCUGCACGUGGACUUCAGGUCGGAGCGCAAGGAGUCGUACCAGGACCUGCAGCUCGACGUCAAGGGCUGCAAGGACCUGUACGACUCGUUCGACAAGUACUGCGAGGUGGACCGCCUGGACGACAAGUACGACGCCGAGGGGCACGGCAUGCAGGAGGCCGAGCGCGGCGUGCUGUUCGACUCGUUCCCGCCCGUGCUGUUCCUGCACCUGAAGCGCUUCGACUGGGACCUGGACACCUUCCAGCAGGUCAAGAUCAACGACCACCACGACUUCCCCGCGGAGCUCGACCUGCAGCGGUACCUGCACCCCAAGGCGUCGGGCCACACCGUGCAGAACACGUACCGCCUGUUCGCGGUCAUGGUGCACAUGGGCGGCAUGUACGGCGGGCACUACUACACCUACAUCAACCCCGACGGGACGCAGUGGCUCAAGUUCGACGACGAGCGCGUGGAGAAGGUCGACGAGGCGACGGUCAAGGAGGCCGCGGGCGUCGCGGACCCCGCGCAGCGCACGGGGUCGAUGCGGCUGAUGCGGUCGACCGGGAGCGCCUACAUGCUGGUGUACACGCGCGACGCCGACCGGGACCAGGUGUUCUGCGAGGCGGACAGGAAGAACCUGCCGGAGCACAUGGCGACGCAGCUGGACGCCGAGCUCAAGGAGAAGAUCACGCGGUGGCAGGAGAAGCGCGAGGCGCACCUGUACUGCCACGUCAGCGUCGCCCGCGAGUGCGACGUGCGGGCGCAGGUCGCCGAGCACGCGUUCGGCGUGUGCGAGCGCGCGCCGCGCGUGUGGCAGAAGCGCGUGCUGAACGAGACCAAGCUCAGCGAGAUCAUCGCGGAGAUGGAGCGCGAGUACGGGAUCCGGGCCAACAAGCAGCAGCUGUGGGUCAUCGGGCAGCGCCGCAACGGCACCUUCCGCGUGGACUCCGCGCUCAGGGAGCACGAAGUGCGCACGCAGACCGUGCAGGACGUGGCGCGCAAGGCCGAGAGCGCCGGGUAUAAGCGCGCGCUGAGCCUGUACCUCGAGGAGAUGGACUCGGCCUCGGUGCCGCAGGACACCUCGCGGCUGGUCUUCCUGAAGAUCUACGACGCGGCGAACAGCAGGCUGCACUUCGUCCGCGCGCAGCUGUUCCCGCUCACCAGCAAGGUCGAGGCCCUGGGGAAGUACGUCCUGCGCGAGUGCAAGGGCAACAAGGAGCUCGCGCCGCUCGUGAGCGGGCUCGACGCGGCCAGCCUGGACUACUUCGAGGAGCUCUCGGACACGCCGGACACCGCGGAGCUCGACGCGGACCGCGCGCCCGCCCGCGGGAUGCUGCAGCGCCUCAACCCUCGCGAGACCCUGGAGCAGGUCCAAACCACCAACGGCGACGUGAUCAUCGUGCAGGCGCAGCACGUGCCGGAGAAGUGCCAGUUCCCUCGCGUGGCGGACUUCCUCGAGUGGACGCAGGCGCGCAGGGUGCUCCGGGUGCGCCGCCGGCCCGGCGCGGCGGUGCGGGCGGCCGACGGCGCGGAGCUGCCGAAGGAGGUGGAGGUGGAGGUGCAGAGCGACGACUCGUACGAGGUGUGGUCGCAGAAGGUCGCGGAGGCGGUGGGGGUGCGCGCCGGCGGCACGCACCUGCGCUUUUGGCAGAUGCAUCGCUUCACGCGCAACCCGUCGAUGGCCGCGGUGCCGACGAAGAUGGUGGGCACGGUGGGCGAGGUGACGGGGAAGACGAUCUGGGAACCGGACUUUGUGUUUUACGAGGCGCUCGACAUACCGCUGGCGCAGCUCGAGGCCAUGUCGGAGGUCACGGUGUGCUGGCACGACGGGCGCGGGGAGUACGUGGAGGAGUUCACGGUGCGGCGGAUGAAGGACGACACCGUGAACGAGGUGCUCGAGGAGGUGCGCGAGCGCGCCGCGAACGGGCGCGGCAAGCGGCGGCCCGAGGGUCCGCUCCGGCUGCUCGAGGUGGCGUCCAGCCGCGUGCACAAGGUCCUGCGGCGGGACGUGAAGGUCGAGUCGCUGCCGAACGACCGGUCGCUCGAGCUGCGCGCGGAGGAGUGCCCUCAGGGCGAGGACCCGGAGGCGCUGGUCGGCAGCGAGGGCGACGACGCUGCGGCGGCGGGCGAGGAGCGGAAGCUGGUGUGCGUGGCGCACUGCCAGCGCGAGAGGGUGACGCAGGAGUCGCAGGGCGUGCUGCGGUCGUGGGGGGAGCCGCUGCUGCUGGUGCUGGAGGCCACGGACCGGCCGGAGGACGUGCGGCGCAAGGUGGCAGAGCGCACAGGCGACGCGGGCGUGCUGAAGGACGCGGAGGGGAGCCCGAACGCGGUGCACAUCAACGUGAGCGGGCGGUACACGGCCUUGGCGGAGGACCAGGCCGUGCUCGAGGCGCUGGGGUCGACGGGGAACCCCUUUGAGUACAUCUCGUCACACGUGUGCGUGGAGCACCCCGACACGCGGCCGCCGAGCAAGCGGAGGGAGCACGUCGUGCGCUCGGGCGGGCGCGCCGAGCGCGGCGCGGGCAUCAAGAUCAACUCGUAG